CUGCUUUUCCAUCGAGGGUAAAACAUUGCGAAAUGUAAUUAUUUUUCCAUUCUUCGGGAUACAAGAUACUUUUAUGUGAUCUGACGAAAAUGGUUUAUUAACAGACGGGGUGAAGUAUCCCUGACAGACCAAGCUCAGGGAAUAAAAGAAACAGGUUCUGAAACGAGGAAGUCCUGGUGGAUCAGGGCAGACGGAGCGAGGGUCGCUCACAGCACAAAUUCUGAACGAAACUGUCUUCAUUAGAUCUCAAAGACCCAGCUUCCACUGCAGAUCUGUGGACCCAGCUGAGGUCCAGCAAUGCCUCUGUUUCGAGUCCUGGAUGAAUGUUGCCUCGCAAAAGCUGGUCGCAGGCGCAAGAGAAAGAGGAAUGUGGAGUGGAUGAAGACCAGCCGAAGGCCGGAUGAAGAUGGCUCGGUCCUUUCGUUGACUCGGCUGUGUAUGCUGAGCGUCGCCGACAACAUGAAGGAAGUGUGGGUCAAAGACUACGCUGACAAAUAUCUGGAUCAGUAUUCAUUCAGACACAUCAUGGGGCCUUUCAACUUGCUACCUGGUGACCUUGUGGAGGAGCUGAUGUUGCUGCUGUGCUCCAGAAAGGAGUUGUCCCGGGCGGCACUCCACCUCCUGCUGGUCCCGCAGCUCCGAAGUCUGUCUCUGGAAAGUUGUCCUGGUUUAGUCACCCCGGCUCUCUGUGGUCACAUUUCUGCACGUUGCCAGGGUCUGCUGAAUCUGGACCUGUCUGGAGCCCAGCAGCUAUCCGUGAAGGUCCUUUGUGAAACCCUCCACAGUCUAUCCAAUCUGCACUGGCUCUGUCUGGCUGGCAUUCCUUGUGACAGAUUUGUAAUCAAGACGAUCACCCUCUGUUGUCAUUUGUUGCGACAUCUCGAUGUAUCCCGCUGCCAUCUGCUUACCCCAUCCGCACUCCUUCCUCUCGGAGGCGGGCCUUGCUGCCCGUCCUCUCCCAGUCCCAAUGGCUCAUCGUCACACUGCGCCUCGCCAUCUCAGUCUUCCAUUUCUUCCCCCUCCUCUUCCUCGGCCUUGUCUCCCUUACCUCUACGCAGUCUUCUGGCUUUGGAUAUUGGGUUUGAGGAGAAGGAGGGAGACUCCGUGGCAGCGGCGGCCUACCUUCUUCUUUCCCUGCCUUCUCUGGAACGAUUGGCCUUGGAGGGCCUCACACAGGCCUGCAGCCUCAUUGAGCAGAAACAGUUCUGGCAGGUAGAAGAGUUCACUAGCAGAGAAGGAGUUCCCAGGCUGGAGGAUUUAUGGAGGGACAGAAGUAAACAACAGGUGAAUGGCUGGAAGCAGAUGAGAACAAGAGAUAGGAAAGAAGUGGAGGAUGAAGAAGAGGAGGGAAGGGGAUUCUGGGAGGAGUCUGGCAGUGAGAGUGAGGAAAAUGUAAGUAGAGACAAAGAGCUAGUUUCAUCUGAAGAUCAAACAGAGGAGAAACUCUCAUCUCAGUCAGACCUGAUCCUGCAGCUGAGAGAUGUCAGAGGUUUGACUUGCGACUCUCUGGACAGUUUCGCGCGUGUAUGUCCGAGCAUCUCCUCCCUAUCUGUCAGUGUCACUGACGAUGAUGAAAGCUUUGGAGGACAAAAACAGAGUUCUGUGCUAGCUGCAGGCCUGCAGAGCUACUCAGGCCAGCUGCGGAGUCUCUCGGUGCAAUUCCCUGGCACUCUGACGGACCUCUUUCCUGCUUUGAAAGUUUCUGGCCCUUCUUUGGUUUCCCUCACCCUCGAGGGCGUGAAAACCAGCACUGACACUCCUCUCCUGGAGGUCAUCACCAUGUGCCACAGACUCAGAGAGCUGGCCAUUUCUGUAGAGCCUCCAACCAUAGCACGAGGAACGCACGAUCGAGAGAGAAUCCAUGAUGACGGAAAUCUUCCAAAACUGCCUCACCUCAGCUCCCUGUCAAUCAAUUUCUCCUAUGAGCACAACCAACCCAAACCCCUCAUGUCCUGGAUGUCCCUGAAGAGGGUGCUCAGGUGUCUCUUGAAUGGUUCUCCCCUCCUGCAGAAGGUCUCGCUGGUCUCCCUGCCCUGCCCUUUGGACAGCGUUUUACUCAGAGUGCUGUUUGCUUUUCACAGGAGCUGGCUUCAGGUUUCAGAUCCAGCGGGCUCACCUCCCUUGCCACUAGCACGGUUGCAACACAUUAAUCUGCUGCGAACAGAUGUGACAAUGCCGACUCUGAAAAAGCUGCUAGACAGGAGCAAGAAUCUGAAGUAUGUAGAUGUGAGCUACUGCUGGAAUAUCAGUCAGCGUGAGUGGAUGACCCUAAACACGUCCAAUAAAGUAAAGUUUGUGUGGGUUUAGUGAAGUAUCAUGACUGAAUGGUGACUUCAAGUAUUCCAUUCGAAACCUAAUGCACUUCAUAAAGUGUCUCAAAAUGUUUGAAACAAAAUCCACAGAUUUUUUGUUUAGACCUGGCAAAUGGCAAGGCAAGGCAAAUUUCUUGAUAUAGCAGUAUUCAGACAAGGCAAUGUACAGUGCUUUACAAGGUAAAGUGCAUUAAAUCUAGGAGAUUAAAAACAGACAUUUAAAAGCUUUAUUGACAAGAGGUAAGAUUUUGAAGUUGGACAAAGCAGCCAGAGCAGAGAUUGAAGCACAGGUGAGGACUCUGGCUGCAGCAUUCUGGAUGAGUUGCAGCUAUCUAUCAGAUUUAUUUUUUUUCUUUACUGAGACCUGUAAGCACAGUUUCAAAAAUAUUUAUGCAUGAGCAUGUUUCUAAAAGGAGCAUACCUGUCUUAAAAAAAACCAAACAUCUGUAUAAAUAAUAGAAGUGCCUUUUCUGCAUAUAGAAAGUAAGACAUGCUGCAGUAAUUCAGAAACGAUUCAGAAUCCACUCUUUGCAGUGAGAUUAUAUUGUCUGAACUUCAUUUGUAAUAAACUAUCAGCACUG